AUGACGGCUUCCUUCACUUCAUCAGAUUACGCACAUCCCUUCUAUUCCUUCUUCGACCGGGAAACCGAUGAAGUCAAAACGAAGCCUUACGGCGGUAUCCUUAGUGAAGCCGAGGCCGACACGUCAAGAACACUACCCACAAACGAUGAUCGUCGGCGGUUCGAUGAAGCCAAGCAAAAAGCAGAAGAGGUCUGGCGGGCUCGUCUCCAUAGCGUCCAGCUCAAUUUAACGACGCCUGCCAAGAGGUCCAAAAAGAAUUCUGGGCCGGCGAGCCAGAUCGAGUGCAUCGAUUUCGGCGGCUGGGAGAUCGACACCUGGUAUGCUGCUCCUUAUCCCGAGGAGUACAGCCGGAAUCGGACUCUUUAUAUUUGCGAGUUCUGUCUCAAGUACAUGAACUCGGAUUAUGUUGCCUGGCGGCAUAAACUCAAGUGCCCUGCCAAACACCCGCCGGGAGACGAGAUAUACCGCCACGGAUCCGUCUCUGUUUUUGAAGUAGAUGGCCGAAAGAAUCCGGUCUAUUGUCAGAAUCUUUGCCUACUUGCCAAGCUGUUCUUAGGAUCCAAGACGCUCUACUACGACGUUGAGCCAUUUCUCUUUUACGUCCUGUGCGAAUACGAUGCACUUGGCUAUCACUUUGUUGGUUACUUCUCAAAGGAGAAGAGAGCCAGCAGCCAAAACAAUGUCUCUUGCAUCCUGACGUUGCCUAUACACCAGCGAAAAGGCUACGGAAACCUGCUGAUCGACUUUUCUUACCUGCUUACUCGCGUGGAACGUAAGACUGGAUCGCCUGAAAAGCCACUUUCCGAUAUGGGUCUUGUUUCCUACCGCAACUACUGGAGGCUGGUUCUGUGCCGGUAUCUACUGGACCAUGUCGAAGAAGAUAAGUCGGCAGCCCCAGGCUUGAGUAUCCGGCAGAUGUCUGACGAUACCGGACUGACUCCCGACGACGUCAUUUCUGCCCUCGAAGGCCUCAGAUGCCUGGUGCGCGACCCACUAACGGAGUUAUAUGCUUUCCGCGUCGACUUGGCAUACUGCACUGAAUACAUCGCCAAGUGGGAGGCCAAGAACUAUGUCAAGUUGAACCCGGAGGCGCUCACAUGGACACCGUACGUCAUGGGACGAGGGAACGCCACAAACUUUGAGCUUGGCCCUGCCAUCAGUGCGAUCGCACCGCGAGAAGAGGACGACAGUCACAAGCCAGCUCAGGAGACAGUACCAGCCAUCUCACAGCAAGAAUCAGUUGUUGUGAAUGGCCUCCCGAUCAAGAGCGUCGUCGAGAACCCUCAUACCCCCGACGGUGCCUCGAUUGCCAGCGCAGAGGGUGCUGGCAAAUACACUAAUGGCUCGAAAGCAGAGCCUGACGUAUACGAGUCGACGGAAUCACAUCAUGAUGGUUUGGUGAACGGCGAGAGUGGCCAUGAGCCAGUCCACAAAGAGGCGUCUCGACCCAGUGAGUUACCUCAUCCGGCGACUCCCGGACAAUCAAUUGCACAAGAUUGGGCCAGCAUGUACAAGGACGUACCUCCGUCGAGGUUCGAAGUCUACCCGCCUCCUGGCGGCCGACGUUCCGACCGGCCGCGGGCAAGCGUUCCCCGGCCAUCUGUGCCGCGAAACGCAAGCAACAACUCGCGACCACGUCGAUCCGGUGGUAGCAGUAGCACCAGGCGGCCUACCGCGAGCCGGCCCAAAAGCAAAAGCACGUCGUCAUCAUCGCGUCGGAAGACGGGUGGAACUGGGCGCGGACCGGGCCGGUGGCCUAAGGGCACUAAGAAAAGCGAUUAUGGCAACGCCGAUAGCGGACCUGGUCUUCCACCGGGUUGGGUCAGAGACAAGCAACGGCCUGCGAGUCUUGGGGCAGCCAAGGGUCAAGAGGACGAAGGACUCAAGUCUGAGAGCAAGGAGACGAUUGAUGUGGUUCGGGUGCAGUUCGAGGACGGAGCGCAGGUGGCUACGGGCGGAAAGGUAGCUGGGGGUGAUCACAGCAACCAUGGAAAUGCCGAUGACCCUGCGGAGGAUGAGUGA